CGUGUGAAAAAGUGACAUGCUGCAAGCCUUCACGAGUUAUAAUAAUAUUUCAUCUUUAGUUUCCACAAUUGAUGCGUUCUUCCGCAAGCAGAACAAUGAAGCUGUUAACCCACAAUAUGCUGACAUCACAUGUGAAAGGGGUGAAGAAUGGUUACCCGUUAAAAAUUGAGGUGGAAAAUCUGAACGUAACUGAAGUUGACUUCAACCCUGACUUCAUUGCCAGAAUGAUACCAAGACUGGAGUGGAAAGCUCUGUACGAGUCUGCUCAAACGUUGAAUGUUGUGGGCAAGCUCCCAUCUGAACCAGUAGCGGAUUAUGAAAGUAAUGAAGAAUUCCUGAAAGAGGCACACAGAGUUAUGCUUGAGGUGGAAGUUACAGACGGUUUCCUGGUGUGCCCGGAGUCCGGCCGAAAAUUCCCCAUCAAAAACGGAAUUCCCAACAUGCUGCUGAACGAAGACGAAGUAUGACAUCACUAGAUGACAUCAUGAAUAAUUAAAACUCUGUAUGGUGAUUGGUGGAUGGUGUGGACUGAGGCGAGCCUUUGAUGGGUCGGCUGGCCUGCUGUUGAAGAACAACAAAAAAAGUUGUUGCAGAAUCAGGUCAUGUUAACGCAGGCUUCAAAUUAAUCCACAGCACCCACAGCCUUUGCCAAGGUGCCCUGUGAUUUUGCCGUGGUGCCCUGUGCUUUUGCUGUGGUGCCCUUUACAAAGCUCCAUUGAACAUCAUCAUUCCCUGCCUCAAAUUAACCCACAGCACCCACAGCCUUUGCCAAGGUGCCCUGUGAUUUUGCCGUGGUGCCCUGUGCUUUUGCUGUGGUGCCCUUUACAAAGCUCCAUUGAACAUCAUCACACCCUGCCUCAAAUUAACUCAUGGCACCCACAGCAAUUGCUGUGGUGCCCUGUGCAUUUGCUGUGGUACCCUUUCCAAAGUUCCAAUACAAAUUGACUUUUUUCAGAUACAAGUACCCCUUACCUGAGGAAAAUUGCCAUGCCUCUUUAAGAGCGAAGUUCAAGGGCUGUUCUGGUAAGUCAGAAAUGAGAUCCAUGAAGUGAACAGAUAACAUUCAUGUUUAUGAAAAACAAACAUCCUUAUCAUAUUUUGUGGUCUGGUAUUAUGUGAUAUCUGUGGUUCAUCUCCUGAUGUUUACUACAAGUAACAUUAGAACCCCAUGAACAAGUACAAUGAACUGCACACGCCUCCUUCCUGCUUGGGGGAGGGGGAAGCCCCCUGCAGCUGAUUAUUUUCACAAAACGCUAGGAUUAAUCCUAUCUCAAGUUAGGACGAGUAAUUCGUCCUAUCUUAGGAUGGGUUUAGUACGUCCCAACACCUAAAGAUACAGCCGAUUUCACGAAACGCUAGGAUUAAUCCUAUCUUCAGUUGGGACACGUAACUUGUCUUAACUUAAGAUGGGUUCAAUACGUCCUAACGUCUAUGGAUACGGAACUUAACUAAAGUUUAAUCCUAAGUUGGGAUGAGCUUGGUGAAAUCGACGGCUGGUAUUGCAAUGUCACUCAUGUGAAAAUGUGAUGUCCUCUUCAUAUUUUGCUAUUAUCUUGUAGAUACAUUUAAUACUAGAAAACACAUCAUUUUUUGCCAUACAUUACUGUUUGAUAUUUCAGCUGAAUAUCUGUGUUUUUAAAAUGUUUUCUGUAAUUAUGAAAAUCACGUGUUUCUUGUUCAUAGACACACUGUAUUCAAAUAUUGGUUUAUAAGAUACUAAAUUACUGGUCAAUUUACAUUGAGGUCAAUUUACUGGUCAGUUUACAGUUAUGUUAACCGACUAUAGUAAAUUUACAUUGAGUUUAAUUAACUAGUCAGUUCACAGUUAUGUAAACUGUUUAAUCAGUUUACUCUAAGAUUAAUUUACUUGUCAGUUAUGUUAACAGUUACAAUUAUGUUAACUGACUGGCCAGUUAACAUUGAGAUUAACUGCUAGUCAAUUUACAUUUAGGUUAAAUUAGCAAAUUUACACUUUGUUUUCAAACGUAAUUUUGAUCUGAUUUGUAAAUAAAUAUAAGUACCACAGCUUGA